UCACCUCGCAAUCUCGCACUCCUCCAAUCUCCAGAGCCCUUUGUCCUCUGUCCCGAGAAGCAACUCGCAGCACAGCCGCGGCCAUGGACUCCACCGCAGCCGGAGCGGGAGGGAAGGCGAAGAAGGGAGCGGCCGGACGCAAGGCCGGCGGGCCGAGGAAGAAGUCAGUGUCGAGGUCGGUGAAGGCCGGGCUCCAGUUCCCCGUCGGCCGCAUCGGGCGCUACCUGAAGAAGGGCCGCUACGCGCAGCGCGUCGGCACCGGCGCUCCCGUCUACCUCGCCGCCGUCCUCGAGUACCUCGCCGCUGAGGUUCUGGAGCUCGCCGGGAACGCCGCCAGGGACAACAAGAAGACGCGCAUCAUCCCCCGCCACGUGCUGCUCGCGAUCCGCAACGACGAGGAGCUCGGGAAGCUGCUGUCCGGUGUCACCAUUGCCCACGGCGGUGUGUUGCCCAACAUCAACCCGGUUCUGCUGCCCAAGAAGACGGCGGAGAAGGCGUCCACCGGUGGGAGCAAGGAGGCCAAGUCGCCCAAGAAGGCCGCUAAGUCCCCCAAGAAGGCAUAGAAGGGUGUCUAUGCUUAUCUGAUGUUUACCGUCGUAUUACCAGUGAUGUGUUGUAGAUGGGUGUGGAUGGAGAUUAACCGGUCUUGUAGUAUGUUAUCUUUAAUUCCCAGUACAAGAAAUUCCUAGUUUCUUGAAAGUUGAAAACGUCUUCUUAUUUUCAUGUCUGUAUUCCUGUUCUGCCGUGUGCUCUGCAUUGUAUCUUGCUAAAAAUCGGGGCAAUGGGCAGUAAUUUAGAUGUGGAAAUUUGAAUUAUGUUUUUGGCUCUA